AGAGGUCAUCAUUUGGUGCAGGCUGUGGUCGCGUCGCAUGACCUGAACCCUAUACACCGGCAAACGCUCCCUAAAGAAAGGCAACAGGCGACUAUCGUAUCACAGUUUCCGUCUGUCGGUGAUAAUAAGCUGCCGUGGUACUCCGACGGAUCCUUUGGAUCAUUCAGAUACGGAAAUCUAAAUGCGUAGUCUGAGCUGACAAUAAACGGGUGAAAAAUAUUGAUUUCAUACGACUCGACUGUGCGUCUCAUCCUCACCGGAGCGGAGGCGGAGGCGAUAUUAAUGGAACCGGGUACGUCUUGUUGAGGAUCCAUCCAAGCACUCGUCCUCAAUGGUCACCUUCUGUCCGAGCCUGUCUUUCGGCUUGCUGCAGUCCGCAUCAGAGGAUGCAGGUGAAACACUCGAUGUACGCGGAGGGAAGCACGCCAGACAGUGAGCCAGGCGAGUGCCAGAAGAAGACAUCAUGCUUCUCCAACAUCAAAAUAUUCCUCAUAUCAGAAUGUGCUUUAAUGUUGGCACAGGGAACUGUAGGAGCCUAUUUGGUCAGUGUUCUAACCACUCUAGAGCGGCGUUUCAACUUACAGAGCGCUGACGUGGGUGUGAUUGCCAGCAGCUUUGAGAUUGGCAACCUUGCCCUCAUCCUGUUCGUCAGCUACUUUGGGGCCAGGGCCCAUCGGCCACGGCUGAUUGGUUGUGGGGGCAUUGUAAUGGCACUGGGAGCAUUACUGUCAGCGCUGCCAGAGUUCUUGACCCACCAAUAUGAAUAUCAGUCUGGAGAGUCACGACCUAUGGGACAGGGAAGGGAUAUGUGCUCAAAUACUAGUCGAGCUGGGGUUUCUGAUCCUAGUUAUAUAUGUGGAAAUAAAACCAAUACCAACAUGAUGUAUCUGCUGCUGAUUGGAGCUCAGAUGCUUCUGGGGAUUGGGGCAACACCCCUUCAGCCGCUGGGUGUGUCUUACAUUGAUGACCAUGUCAGACGAGAAGACUCCUCCCUUUAUAUUGGUAUCCUAUUCUCUACACUAGUCUUCGGACCAGCAUGUGGUUUCAUUCUUGGCUCUCUGUGCACCAAAGUUUAUGUUGAUGCAGUCUUCAUUGACACAACCACACUGGACAUUACACCAGACGACCCACGUUGGAUUGGCGCCUGGUGGGGCGGCUUUAUCAUCUGUGGCCUUUUCCUCUUCGUCUCCUCGUUUUUCAUGUUUGGGUUCCCACAGUCACUGAAUGAGCCUGGGGAGGACCCAGGGGGUGAGAGUGAGCAGGCCAUGCUGCCUGCUGAGCUGGUGCAGGAGUAUGAAGGAGUCAAAGCCUCAGAUGACCUAGACAUCAACACUGGCCUAACCUGCUGCCAGCACCUGCAAAUUAUUCCAAAAGUGACUAAGCAUCUGCUGUCCAACCCGGUUUUCACCUGUGUCAUUCUUGCUGCCUGUAUGGAAAUUGCUGUGGUGGCUGGAUUUGCUGCCUUCCUUGGGAAAUAUCUUGAACAGCAGUUCAACCUCUCAACCUCCUCCGCCAAUCAGCUCCUAGGAAUGACAGCAAUUCCUUGCGCUUGUCUGGGUAUAUUCCUGGGUGGCCUCCUGGUGAAAAAGUUGGAUCUGUCAGCAUUAGGGGCUAUCCGCCUGGCCAUGGUAGUCAAUAUCAUCUCUACAGCCUGCUACGUCUCCUUCCUUUUCCUUGGCUGCGAUACUGGCCCAGUCGCCGGUGUUACUGUUGCAUAUGGCAAUGAUAGGAGUCUAGGGUCAUGGGAGCGGGCAGAUGCUGGAUGUGUGUCAGGCUGUAAUUGUUACAAAUCUUAUUUAAGCCCUGUCUGUGGAUCCAAUGGCAUCACCUACCUCUCGGCCUGUCUGGCUGGCUGCACUAGAAAUAAUCUGACAGGCUGUAAGUGCAUUGCCCAUGGCGAUGGGCCGGGUACAGCAUCACCAGGAAAGUGUUCAAGCCCAGGCUGUAAGCAGGCCUUCCUCACAUUCCUAGCAGUUGUGUGUGCUUGCAGCAUGAUCGGAGCCAUGGCCCAGACUCCAUCUGUUAUCAUCCUGAUCAGAACUGUGAGUCCAGAGCUGAAAUCUUAUGCACUUGGAGUUUUGUUUCUGUUGCUCCGACUGCUAGGUUUUAUUCCCCCACCUCUGAUCUUUGGCAUUGGGAUUGACUCCACCUGCUUAUUAUGGAGCUCCGUAUGUGGCACAAAGGGGGCCUGCAUGCUUUACGACAACAUCUCCUACCGUUACCUUUACGUCAGCAUCGCCAUUGUUCUCAAAUCCAGCGCCUUCAUUCUCUAUGCUGUCACCUGGCAGUGUCUGCGUCAGAACUACUCCAGGUACAUUAAGAACAGUGAGGAUUACCUGACACCAAGCCAGCUAUUCGCCUCCAACCUCACUCUGGACAACAUGGGCAAGGACAUUGCACAGAAACCCUCCAGUCGCACCAAGUUCAUUUACAACCUAGAUGACCAUGCCUGGAGUGAGAACAUGGAGUCAGCCAUAUAGUCCCACCCCAAAG